AUCAAACCAACUCUUAAAAUGUUCAAAUUCUUCGUUUUCUUGUUCGCCGUCUUGGCUGUAGCUUUCGCCGCACCAAAGGCCCAACCAGUACCACAAGUGUUGGCUGCUUACAGCGCACCAGCUGUGGUUAGCAGUUACUCAUACCCAUACGCUGCUGCUGGUUAUUCCGCUCCAGUUGCUUACCCCGGAUAUGGAUCUUUGGCUUACACUGCACCAUUGGCUUACUAUUAAUUGAAUUGAGGAUUUUGACGUGGAGAUGUUUAUGUUAAAUGAAAAUGGAUUAUUCUUUUAGUUUAAA